AUGCUUCCCAGCCGUUUAAUAUCUAGAGCUGUUGCUCGCCCAGCUACCUUCAAGCACUCUGCUGCCAUCGCCCCCGCUACUCUCUCUCGCUUUAGCCGUGGUCUUGCUACUGCUUCCGAGGACAAUGACCUUGUCAUCAUCGGAGGUGGUGUUGCUGGCUAUGUCGCCGCUAUCAAGGCUGGCCAGGAGGGAAUGAAGGUUACCUGCAUUGAGAAGCGCGGCACUCUUGGCGGCACUUGCCUGAACGUCGGCUGCAUUCCCUCAAAGUCUCUCCUCAACAAUUCCCACCUUUACCACCAGAUCCUUCACGACACCAAGAACCGAGGUAUCGAGGUCGGCGAUGUUAAGCUGAACCUGGCCAACUUCAUGAAGGCCAAGGACACCGCUGUCAAUGGUCUUACCAAGGGCGUCGAAUUCCUCCUCAAGAAGAACGGCGUCGAAUACCUCAAGGGCGAAGGUGCCUUCGUCAACGAGAACGAGAUCAGGGUCGCCCUGAACGACGGUGGCGAGACCACUGUCCGCGGAAAGAAUAUUCUUAUUGCCACCGGUUCCGAGGCUACUCCAUUCCCUGGGCUCGAGAUUGACGAGAAGCGCGUUGUCACCAGCACCGGCGCCCUUUCCCUCGAAAAGAUCCCCGAAAGCAUGAUUGUCGUGGGUGGAGGUAUUAUCGGGUUGGAGAUGGCUUCCGUCUGGUCCCGCCUCGGAUCCAAGGUUACCGUGGUGGAGUUUCUCGGCCAGAUCGGUGGCCCUGGCAUGGACAGCGAAAUCGCCAAGGCCGCCCAGAAGCUCCUGAAGAAACAAGGCAUCGAAUUCAAGCUCAACACUAAGGUUGUCAGCGGUGACACGUCCAGCGAUAAGGUCAAACUAGACGUUGACUCUGCCAAGGGUGGCAAGCCAGAAUCUCUGGAUGCUGAAGUUGUCCUGGUAGCUAUUGGCCGCCGCCCAUAUACCGGUAACCUCGGCCUGGAGAACAUUGGCAUGGAGCUUGACGAGCGUGGCCGUGUCAUCAUCGACUCGGAGUACCGCACCAAGAUUCCUCACAUCCGUUGCGUCGGUGACGCAACCUUUGGUCCCAUGCUGGCCCACAAGGCUGAGGAGGAAGCUGUCGCUGUCGUCGAAUACAUCAAGAAGGGCUACGGCCACGUCAAUUAUGGCUGCAUUCCCUCAGUCAUGUACACAUACCCCGAGGUCGCUUGGGUCGGGCAGACGGAGCAGGAUUUGAAGGCCCAGAAGAUCCCUUAUCGUGUCGGUACCUUUCCCUUCAGUGCCAACUCUCGUGCCAAGACCAACAUGGACACCGAGGGUCUGGUCAAGAUGAUUGCCGACCCCGAGACUGAUCGUCUCCUUGGUGUUCACAUCAUUGGCCCUAACGCCGGCGAAAUGAUUGCCGAGGGUACUCUGGCUCUCGAGUAUGGCGCCUCGACCGAGGACAUCGCCCGAACUUGCCAUGCCCAUCCUACCUUGGCCGAAGCUUUCAAGGAGGCUGCCAUGGCUACUCAUGCCAAGGCUAUCCACUUCUAA